GGAAACAAUACGCCGUGCAUAGGUUAUCUACCUGUACAUACGAGUUUUAAAUGGAGUGAAAUACGGCAUGGAUAGUACGAAUAUCAGAAUGUGACAGGUGCUAAAAAGAUGAGUAGGCCUAACGGAUACACUUCCUACCGAGGAAGCAGUAGAGAAAUUAGACCUACGUCGGCAGAGCUUGUAGAUCUCCAUGUAUAUAUAGUACCACCAGAGAUAUGGAGAGAAAGAUAUAACAACUUUUUAAAUCAGAAUGUAACAGAGACGAUCUCAGCAGGAAUUAUCAGGGUACAUCCUGAGCGUGUGUUGUACGAUCUCCGGGAUGAGCUGGAGCAGCAGGUGGGGGUGGAGAUGCUCCCCCGAGAUUUUGUGUUCCUCAAGAGUGUGGGUCGCAGCAUCACCAGGUUAAAACAAAAGCAAGAAUACCAGUUAAAAGCAAAGCAUUUUAUUCCACCUCAGGCCUAUGCCCCUGAGUUGUAUUUAUUAGAGGUCAGUCCAGAUGACCGCGAGAGCAGUCGGACGUCGACGCGGCCACAAUCACCCUUCUCCCAAAACCCAGAAAAAAUUUCACAAGUAAAAAAGGCAAUCAAGCCAAAAGAUUCGGCCAAGGCCAUUUUAACGAAAAAAGAGAAAAGUCGACCUGCAAAGUUCAGAAAAGAUGAGACCCAAAGGAGGAUGAAAAUGAACUCUCAAGAAAUAUGUGAAGAUGAGCGGCGCUCCGGCAACAAAUCUAAACAUAGGCAUAAUCAGUCAUCCCCAUACCACUACUCCCCCCUCCCCAAAAUCAGGUCAGGCCGCAGCCCCUCACGCAGGGUCGAAUACAAUCACAAUGGUGACAUAAAGGCAGAAAGCCAACGAUUAACUGAUUCCUGGGGCUCCAAUAGAGACAAGCACACCCCACCCCCUCCCCAAAACGUGCCAAGAACCCCUCCCCGCCCCAAGGUCUCUAGGGAACAUACCCCCCGUAAUCAAACCCCCAGGGACGAGUCCCAUCGGGCUCCUCCUAGGUAUUCCACUACUCCCACAGAUCACAGAAAGCGAGCGGACCAGAGUCGGGAACCAGCAUCAGGAACCUAUACCAACCACACCAACGAAGAUUCAGGGAUCAACGUCAACUCACCGGUUGACCACUUUGAUGCCUUAGACAGAAGGAAACAUGAAGAAGACAGAAGAGAUGACCUUCAUCAGCGUCUUCACCCUAACAACGAAGAUGAUCACCAGAGAAACGGGGAUCAGAAUGAUGAUGACUGGGAGCGAAGACGUCGGGAGGACGAGGAGCGAAGGCGUCGAGAAGAGGAAGAACGAAGGCGGAGGGAAGAAGAGGAGAGGAGAAGAGAAGAGGAAGAAAGGCAUCGCCUGGAGGAAGAGAGGGAUAGAAUACCAAAGCAACAGUUAACAGGUUCUGAUGAGGUUUCCACAGUUAGUUCGGAAAAUACGCCCAUCGCUAGUAAUGAAGGGUCGAGAACAACAACACGGGGAAAACAGUAUCAACAGAGUCCAUCAUCUGCUUUUACUGAAAAUUCAUUGAAUUCCAAUAAACGGGGAAAUCCUUCGAUAAAUCGGAAUUCAGAAAAUUACAAUAGAGAUCAACGGAGAGAUCAUAAUUCAGAAAAUUAUAGCAGAGAUCAACGGAGAGAUCGGAAUUCGGAAAAUUAUAGCAGAGAUCAAAGGGGAAACCCUACAAGAGAUCAAAAUUAUUCAGAUAAUUAUAACAGAGAACAAUGGGGAGAUACUUCAAUUAAUCAAAAUUCAGAAAAUUACAAUCGAGAGCAAAGAGGGAAUCCUUUGAUUAAUCAGAAUUCUGGUAAUUACAACAGAGGGAAAGGGGGAAACCAUUCGGUAAAUCCGAAUUCAGGAAAUUUUAACAGAGAGCAAGAUAGAUAUCCUGGGAUUAAUCAGGAUUCAGAAAAUUAUCAUAGCGAUCAUAGUCAACCAUAUAGCGAUAAUUCAGUUCAUAGUCAUAAAGACAGAAUGAAAGUUCCUGGGGGUACUGACAAAGAUUUUGGAAAUUCUUACAAUAAUAAGGGUAGAAAGAAGGAUCCCCAAAAUUCUGGAAAUUCAAUGAAUUACAGUCAGGACAGAUUGAAAAUUCCUGAAACGGAUCUGAACAGAUUCCCUUCACCACCUCCACUUCAGAUAAAUGAUUCAAGUCAGGGCCAUGAAACAGAAUCAUCAAAGCAAAACAAAAAAGCUGAAAAGGAGCGUCUAUUGAAAGAAUUAGAAGCAGCCCGUGAAGCUAGGAGAGCAGUUGAAAAACAAAGAGAAGAACUAGUAAAAAAGGCCAAGUUAAUGCAGACAAAAACUCAAAACCGGCGAAAUCAUGACAAGAUGAAUAUUAUUGAGGCCAGGGAUUUAUGGAAGAAGCGUUAUUUCGAAGAAAAGAAAAAGACGCCACCCUUAGAAGAGCAGUGCAACAGAUUACGACAUGAACUAGACAUCAUUCAUAGGAAAUUAAUGAACACGUUGGAAGGACCUUCUAAGGAGAAAUCCACCCGACUGGGCGAUUUAAAACCUUCCCAAAAGAAUAAUUAUAAAAUACAAGCUACGAGAUUGACUCAUGAAAUUGACGACAUGAGGCGGCGACUCGAGAAUGCCAAGAUGAAAUUGACAGCUGAGAUGAAGCUACGCAACCAGGCAGAGACAGAACUUCGGGCCCUGCGGGCAGAGCUGACCCAACAGAAAAUUCAACUGACCCUGAGUCGAAAAGAGCAGUUGGCUAAACUGACCCCCACCACGCACGAUUCCCGCCUUCUGACGUCAUCGUAUUCGUAGCAAUUUCUUGUUGACGUAAAUUAUAUCUUAAUAUAUUGAUAUUAUUGUAAAAAAGAAUACAUGUACAUGUUCAGCUUUAUAAAUAGCAAAGUUAAUUUUAGUUAAGGUUCUUUUAUUAUGCCAUCAUUUAUAAUGAAGGUCAUAUACUGUAUAUUCAUACAUAGGGUCUGUUAGAUUAAGCUAUCCAAAUUUUGUAGUACAUGUAUACAAGAUGUAUGCAGUUGUUAUAUGAAAUAUUUUUAAUGAAUAUAGAGAUGGAUAAAUAUAUAUUGAGAUUUGUAAAUGCUGGAAUGGGUUUAAAAGGGUUUCUAGACUUCAUGCAUUCUGGGUUUAAGCUUUUAAAAAAACGCUCUGCCUUACAUAUUUAAAAGACAGACUUGCGUUUAUUACUUUUUUUCAGAUUCAAUUAUCUUAAUUUGCCUCAGUUUUUGUCUUUCAUUAGAUAUUUAUAAAGGAGAAAUAUGUGCUUCUAUCAGAAUUCUCUCACACAUUUUGAGUAUAUGGAUGAGAAAAAAUGUGCAAUUCAACAUUUGGAUGAAAUUUUUUUUUUUUAAUUCUUCAGAGUCUGUGUCUCUUAAAUUUGUCCUAGAAUUCCAUUAGUUUGGUAGUAUAACAGUGAAGUAAUCAAUGUUUCUGUUGUGCUAUAAUUUGUUUAUUUUUUUUUUCACUGAUUUAUUUGUAUGUAUUGUUUGUUGAUCUGUGAUAUUUCAUCAUAAACUGUGAUUCUUCAUUUCUUUAAUCUUGCAUGUUUUGAAAGAUUGUGAUGUUAUUUUUUUGUGUUGUUACAAAUAAUCAAGAUUUUUCUUUCCUAUUAUUCAUAUAUUUAUAACCAUUGCAUACAAGUUUACCAAACUUCUAUUUGUUUACAUCUAGUGAGAUCAUUUUAGUAUAUCUUUUUAAAAUUUUAUACAUUCAAUUUUCUUUUGUUAUGUAUUUUAAUUCCAAACCUUUUAAUGACCAGGAACAUACAUAAAUCAUAAAAUCUAUACAGAUCACUUUGUAUGCCUUGUGUUGUAUUUUAUUAUAAAUGCUUUAUUCUGUACAUCAGUAUUUUCUUGUAUUCCGUCUUCUACAAAGAUUAUUUAUUUACAAUUCCAUCCUAUUCUAUAUUCUAUGUUUUGAAUGACAGUAUUUGGCAAAAUGAAU